UCAAAACUCGCAGCGUGCUGCAAUCGCUCGGGCUUGUGUUUUUCUUCUUUCCAAUCCAACUCGCUAUUCCUCCUCGCGUGUUAUUAAUUCGUCACGGGAGUUUCGUGCACCGCCGAGUCAAAACAAUUCUGCACUCGAGUUUUUUCCCUCCGUUUGCCUCUCCCCCUGCCCCCGCGCCACGUACACAGUCGACUGAACUUUCAAUUCUAUUAUUAAACCGCCCGAGAUUCAGCGAAUCUAGAUUUAGAACGAAAACACACACUUGUGGCAUCUCGCGACGCGCAGGUCGGGGUUGCGCGGUCAUUAAUCUUCAAAUUUGAACGAUUCGAUUGGGAUUCCAACUCGAAAUGCCGGAAAACUCGUUACCAGUAAAAAACUUGACGUCGUUGCUGAGUAAAAAGUUGGGCAAUGAUUUGAAGAUCGUAAAAGUGGACUGGAAGAAUUUGACAGAUCCGGGCGACAACUACGGGAGUUUGAUAAUCGCGGUGAACGCGACGGUUGAAAGGAACUCGAGAACGGAAGUUGUUAAUCUGGUGGUAAAAUUGCCUCCACCGUCGGCAUGGCUGCAAGAGUUGUUCAACACGCCGUUCACCUUUUUGAAAGAAUUACAAUUUUAUCGCGAUCUUACACCGGCGUUUAUGGCUUUGCAGCGUGAAAAUAAAAUCACGGAAGCGGAAAGUACGUGGCUGGGAGCGGAUUAUUACGGCGGACGAAUGGGCCUGGGGGAGGGCGAUGUUUUCGACGACGAGGCAGCGAUCGUGUUGGAAAAUUUGAAUUACAGCGGUUACAAAACGGUCGACCGUUUGUUGGGUCUGAACUCGAGUCAGGCCGAUUUGGCGGUUCGUAAACUCGGCAAAUUGCACGGUAUAGUGAUCGCGAUGAGGACGAGGAAGCCGGAAAUAUUCGAAAAAUUGAUUUUACCCGCACUCGUACAACCGGCUAACGAAACUGCGAAAAAUUGUGUCGGAGAUAUGAUUGCAAAGGCACUCGCGGAUUUGAACCUCAUACCAGGAUGCGAGGCAUACUUAACGAGCGUUGAAAAGACAAUGAAGUAUUUGGAGAGCCUCGAGGAGUCUCCGGAGAUGGAGAAGCCCAAGGACAAAUGGGCCACUCUCGUCCACAACGAUUUUUGGACCAACAAUAUGAUGUUCAAGCAUGACGAAGCUACGAAAAGUGUCGUCGACAUGAAAAUCGUUGAUUUUCAACUGUGCGUUUAUGACUACGGCGUCAAGGACCUCAUUUUCUUUCUCAUCUCCAGUCCGACGCAGCAAGUGAUCGAAGAAGAAUUCGAUCGUUUGAUCGACCGUUAUUACGAGGCCUUCGCAGAUACUCUCCGAUCGAUGACCGUCGAUCCUACCAAUUAUCCCAAAAAGGAAUUCCAUCAGCGCUUCAACGAAUGUGCUACUUUGAAAUUCCCACAGUGUCUCAUGAUGAAUCAAGUCAUCAAAUCGAAACCCGACGUCGUUCCCAAAAUGGAGGACAUCAAGAGCAAAGAAAACUUCCUGACGAUCGGCGGCGGUGAAAUUUACAAUCAGAAAAUGCUCCACACCCUUCAAUUCUACCACAAGCGUGGAUGGCUCAUCAAAUAGUCCUUAACUUCCAAUACAAACCUGUUGAACACAAAACAAUGUUAAAGCCAGAAGCAACGCUCGCAUGCAAUGGAAUCGAUUUUCCUUUCAGUAGGCUACAAAAUUAAUUUUGAGCAAUGGAAAUAGAUCCAACUUCACUGUAUACCUUAAAACUAGUGGGACAAAAAACGACAACGAUUCGAGUUGUUAGGAAACUUAUCAAUGCCAAAACCAUUCCAUCGUAACGGAAUCUCUAUUCUCACUGUGAAUAGAUUAUUUUACAAAUUUAAAUUAAACACCAACUCUCAUUUAUUUGGAGAAGUGUAUAAUUGGAAUGGUUGAAGCAAAAAAUGCAAAAAAUGCAUAUAAUGCUAAUCAAUGCACGAGAAAAAUUGCAGGAGUGAAGAACAGUGCAAAUCAUCACUGCGAAAUAAAAUAAGGAGUUAACGAUUCUCGACAACGAAAUCCCAGAAGCAUUCAAAAGAUAUUCAUGCUGUGCGACUACGUGUGGAAUGAUAAUGAUGCGUCCUAUCAUAAUAAAAAUUCAUUGAUCGUUUAUACAUAAAUCGAAAAUGUUGUGUACUGAAUCUAAAAAAUAUUGUAAAUUUGUACAUUUAAUUUGAAAUAAUAUCACAUUUUGUUCAUAGAAUGUUCAAUUAGCAUUGAACUCAUCAAUUGUUAGCUCCGAAAUCAGCUCCAAAAAGGGCGAGAAUUCGUAGAUAUUCUUUUACUCUGAGUCGGCGCUCUAUAUGCAAAAAGAAAAAAAUAUCAGCUCCUUUUUCCAGUCCAUCGAACCCAGGAAGAAGAAUGAAAAUCUACGAUAAUAAACCACUAGGAUGGGCUGGAAUUCCUUAAAAUUGGCAUCUUUUUCAAUGAUAUUUGUUUUGUAUGCAUGAAACUGCGGUAUGAGGAAUAAAUUCAAAUUUGACUGGGGAA